UAUAUAAUCAACAACGCUAAUCGCAUGCUGGGCUACAAACGCCGCAAUUUCUAUCUUUCUUCGAGUUCUGUAAAACGACUUCUUUAUAAAUCGUUAGUUAGUAAUAAACUUGAAUAUGCUGCAUCUGUCUGAGACGCCAGUGAACAGACGCUCAUCUCUCAGCUCGAAUCUGUCCAGAAUCGAGCGCCUCGCUUCAUUCUUCCUAAUUAUCACCGUAACUCCAGCGUCACUACUAUCAAGGCAAGCUUAUCAUUACCACUGCUAUCAGAACUUAGAAAAAUAUUCCACUUUUGCCUGUUCCAUAAGACGUAUUACGACAACCCCAUUCUUAAGAAUAAUUCAUAACCCUCGCUCGUUACGUUUCAGCUCGCAUCUACCAUCAUCAUAAGGUUGGUGUUCCUCCAUGCCACAACAACCAUAUUUUUCAAUUCAUUCCUGCCCAGUACGCCAGCAAGUUCGAAUCACCUUUCCCGAUCUCUCGUCGAAAUGCCUGAAAAUUCAAAGUUCAAAGCUGGUUUAACUAACCUGCUGUUGUCAUAAACACAAGAAAUUGUAGCAUUGUCAUCCUUUUUAUUCUUGCUUAGCCUUCUUUUUAUCCCAGCAAACUUUGUUUUGUAGCCCUAUACUACAGUUUAGAGCGUCAUCUCUUUUGUUUUCUUUCUUUAGUGACAAGGUCUCUUUACGCUUUGUAUGCUUCGCGGCUUUUUUUUUCUUUUUUUUUCUCCUUGUGAUUUGCGCUAUUAUUGUUCAUUUCCUUUAAUGUAUUGAUGUAACCCUUUCUUUUCAUUUCAGUUUUAUACAAAUUCACUGCUCUUUCUUUUCCCCGCUUUAUCGAAUGUACCCACUCACCUCUGUAAUGCCCUCGGGCCCUGAGGGUAAUGAAAUAAAUAUAUAAAUACAGACUUCGAACUUUCGGUACGUAUUACCCGUAACGGGGCCCCUACUCUCUGUAAAUGUGAAAUUGCUGACAUUUUAUAGGCACGCAUAUGCCGUUUCCGAGCACGUCUGCAGUCAUACUAACCGCUUCCAUGUAAUAUUUCAGGGCGAUCAAGGGGGUUAAUGCUCGGUUAUGACAGUUGGCUGCAUUCAGAGGGCAACAAUUUCACCACAUGUUAAUUUCUACUGGAUGUGGCGGCGUUCAUGCACCGUUACGUGCGUCUUGUGCUGCCUACCGAAACAUCAGCUCUUCCAAAUUGUGCCGGGUCCCUGAAGCGCACGCGCACGCACGCACGCUAUUGUCAUAUAUAUAUAUAUAUAUAUACAGUCAAAAGCAACGUGGCCUACCUGUUUUCCAAACAGCAGCCCGAGUCCAGCUUGGGCUGUGGAUUGCCGUUGUUCGAAAGCACAUCCGGCGAAGUGAGACCCUUUCCGCUUGGUUGAUAUAUGGGGUUGUUUUGAAUACAAGGUUCAAGUGCCAUGACCAGCUGCACCAAGUGCGAAGCAUCCGUUUGCCGGAACACGUCGAUAAUGCAGGUGGUCUGCUGGGGCGCUGCACCUAGCCUUCACAGUCACGUAAGGGAGCGAUAAUAAUCGCCUGAAAUACAACACCGCAAUAAAAAGAGCAUGGGCAACAGCCGAGAACGUCAUGUCAUUGAGCAGCUUGGGUGACGAGCCUGCUAGGGGAACGGAGCAGCAACAAGUUGAACCAAAAAGGAUGGUGACUAUACUGAAGAGCCCAUUCGCCGACGUUGCGCUUGAUUUUCACAAGAAUUUCGGUGGCUACAUCCUCGAGCACCUUCGCCUCAACCCUCGCUCUAAAUGGAUAAAUGCCACGUCACACGAAGAGCAAACGUACGGCGAACUGGCCGACCAGGUGGUGGCGGUCCACGCUGCCUUGGAAAGCCUAGGUGUCUGCGCCGGUGACAGACUGUGUCUCAUCGUGGCCAAUCGUCUGGAGCUACUGCCCAUGCUUGUGGGCGCAGCUUGUGCCAACGUGGGCGUCGCCUACGAGUGCCCGGGAUAUGCAGUUGAUGUUCUCACCGAGAAGAUGAAAGACAUUCAGUUCACUGCCAUCUGCUGUGAGACCAGCGAUAUUGACUCGGCGCUCGAACUGAAGGCAAUGCUACCGACCAUCAAACACAUCAUCUGUUUGGGCGAAACUACGACUGUGCCACCCGACGGGGAGGGCGCCGUGGUCUCGUGGAGCGAGUUAAUCAGGAUGGGCACCGACGCAUGUCGUUUGGCAGCUCCCUCCGUCGAGUACCAAGUGAACCGUAUCUGCUACAUGAACUCGACAAGUGGCACCACUGGAAAGCCCAAGAUGGUUGUGCACUGCCACGAUUCGCUUGUUGCCAGUCUGCAGGCAAACAGCCACCGGCAGCACAUGGGUCUGACGGUGGAAGACGUCCUCCUGUGCACUGGCACGCUUGGUCACGUGUACGCCUUGUUCGACUGCGCAUGCAAAGCCAUCGUCCAGGGAGCUACGUGCGCCUUCCUCGAGAAGGGAAGCGCCGAUGCACUUUUAGAAGCGCUCCAACGGUUCAAGGUAUCCGCGCUAAGCACGGUGCCCUAUCUUGCCCGCUGCCUUCUAGACCAUCCGCAACGCAGUCACUAUGAUCUCAGCCGCUUGCAGUACGUAGCAACGGGAAGUAACUACAUCAGCGAACACGACGCAAAGAGACUUUUCCACGAGCUACACCUCAAGAGCUUCAUCCAGAUGUACGGGCAAACCGAGAUCGUGUUCAUAGCCGGAGGCCUCCACGAUUCACCUCCCAGGUUCGCAUCAAUCGGGCGUCUAGGAAUGGGCCUUGAAGCCAUGGUUAUCGACACCGAAACGAGGAAGCCACUCGGUCCAAUGCAGCAUGGUGAGCUCGUAGUUCGAGGCCCCGGUCUUAUGCGAGGGUACUGGGGAAGGCUGGAUGAGACAUACACCGACGCUGAAGGCUGGUACGGCACAGGUGACGAGUGUUACUUCGAUCAUGAAGGCUGGCUCUACAUCGUACAGCGAUUGAGCGAGUUCAUCUACUGCCGAAGCAUAAAGAUGGCACCGGCGGAUAUUGAAGCCGUCCUCCUACAGUGCGUUGAUGUGAAGGACUGUGCUGUCGUAGGCCUGCCGCACCCGCAAGCCGGACAGCUGCCUCACGCUGUGAUCGUGCCGAAGAAAAAGAGUAGGCACCUUGACCUGGAGCACUACAUCAGAUUUGUCAAUGAAAGGGUGCCGAAACAACUUCAGCUUGAAGGUGGUGCCACACUCGUCGAUUCAAUUCCACGCAACAAGAUUGGAAAAUUGGUGAGGCACGAGCUAGUAAAUUGGCUGCUCCAGUUCCGUACCCAAAACGACCUAAAGUAAUGCUACGGCUUGUCACCUCAGCUGCAUGCAAGCGCUGAUUAACCGCCAUACUGAACCCAUCAACGCUGAUAUAUUUGCACACGCUUCAUGGAACAAUUUCGAAAAAAACUUGCAUAUUUGCCGCAAGCCUAGAAAGGAAUGCAGAGGCUCAGCGUUUCCUAUUCUACUUCCGAGCGAAAAUCGAUUCAAACCACCGGAGCACUUUGUUACGUCUCUGCAUUUUUUUCAACUCUGGAACACAGGUGACGGUUUCAUUUUAUAUUUUAUAAUAAAGCUUCGGCUGCUGAACGGUGCCAAUAACUCGAUUAAGCACGAUUUUAAACGCUCUUUUCCAUACCUCUUGGGCAUGUCACUAAAUAAGUUUGCAGCUCCUCUAACGCACUUCACAAAUUAAUAUAAGGCCUGCAGGCACCACGCUAAGCCCGACGACGACUGGAGAUCCCACGAGACACAGAGGAACUACGGGGCUGACGUCAUGAAAACGUGUGAAGUACGUACCUACACAAAUAAAACAAACUUGUGUGUAAAACGUCA